AGACCUGUUAUGUGGGUUUUUAACUGUAACAUCACCUGCAUGACAGUGAAACCUGUCAGGCUGGACUAAGGGACAACCGGUGUGGAUCACACACUUCACUUUCAUCUGUCUCUUUAUUGUGUACACAGUAAUCAUGGCCUGCUGCUCCCUGUAUGUGUUUCUGCUGCUGUUCUCCUGUGACGUGGCCUUGCUGAAGAAAAAGAAAGCAGUCCAGACUCUUUCAAGAGGCUGGGGUGAUGACAUCACCUGGGUGCAGACGUAUGAAGAGGGGCUGACAAAAUCACAGGAGAGUCGCAAGACACUGAUGGUCAUUCAUCACUUAGACGAGUGCCCAUACAGUCAAAAACUCAAAAAGGCUUUUGCAGAGAACAAAUCCAUCCAAAAAAUGGCCAAAGAAGAUUUCAUCAUGCUCAAUUUGAUGCAUGACACGACAGACCCUAAUAUGGCUCCUGACGGCUACUACGUUCCCAGAAUUCUUUUUGUUGAUCCCUCUCUGACUGUACGCACUGACAUCACUGGCAAGUACAGCAACCGCAAGUACACCUAUGGACCUGAUGACAUGGAUUUAUUGGAGGAGAACAUGUUAAAAGCCAAGAAUUUGCAUCACACAGAGCUGUAGUGGGAUGAGAGCUGAUCACACAGGAGAAUGGCAGAUGGAUGAAAAGACUGAAACUGUUUGUUAUACUUAGACUUUUCAUGCGUCAUCCAGACAAUGAGCCAAACACUGAGUACAGAUUAAAUUACGAUUGAAUGUGGUUCAGUUCUCAGUUGUAUGUUAAUGUUGAUAUGAGUUACUGGAACUUGGUUAUUGGUAAGCUUACCAAUAAAACUUACUGAACACAGUUACAAUCCA